AACAUUGUUAUCAAAAUACAUUUUAUUAUUGUGCGUCGAAUUCUGUACGAUUUUUAUUAAAAUUCAGUUCAAAUUAAUUGUAUAAUCUUGUUCCGUUAUGAUUUUACAAUCCACACAAUGAAUUAUUGAAAGUAACAAAAUGACAUUAUGUUGAAUUUGUACUUGGUUCCAGUGCUCAAGUUUUAUAUCUAACCCUCUCGUACAGCUUAUGCUUGUGUAGUCAAUCUUUAGCAAUUCUAAUCAAGUUUAUCAAUCAUGCUGGCCUUAAUUAACAGAAUUUUAGACUGGUUCAAAAGCCUCUUCUGGAAGGAAGAAAUGGAACUGACAUUGGUUGGUUUACAGAAUUCUGGCAAGACUACAUUUGUGAACGUAAUCGCAUCCGGUCAAUUCAAUCAAGAUACAAUCCCCACCGUUGGAUUCAAUAUGAGAAAAAUAACCAAAGGCAACGUUACUAUAAAAGUUUGGGAUAUAGGUGGACAGCCUCGAUUUCGAUCAAUGUGGGAAAGAUAUUGUCGUGGCGUUAAUGCAAUUGUGUACAUGGUAGAUGCAGCUGAUUUAGAUAAACUUGAAGGAUCAAGGAACGAGCUUCACAAUUUGAUCGAUAAACCUCAAUUGAUGGGUAUUCCUGUGCUGGUUUUAGGAAAUAAACGAGACUUACCGAAUGCUCUCGAUGAGAAGGAUCUUAUCGAUAGAAUGAACCUGAAUGCUAUUCAAGAUCGUGAGAUUUGUUGCUAUUCGAUAUCUUGUAAAGAAAAAGAAAAUAUUGAUAUAACUUUACAAUGGCUGAUCGCUCAUUCCAAAUCAAACGCAGUACGUUAAUAGUUUCUGAAAUUCAACGCUAGGAUGUUAAACACCAUUCUCGUAGGCCAUUCCGCUUUUUUUUCACAAUUAUGCCAAUUGGAUGAUACGAAUACAUCGGUUUGCAUUUGUAAAUUACAUGCGCACGUGUGAAUACUGCGUUCAGAGCACCUGCGCUAUGAACGAAUCGUAUCAUAUGGAUUUAUCAGUCGUAAAAUUUCUCUAAAAUUUUCACCACGUACUGAAAUUAGUGCCUAUUAUUGUGCACUUAUUCGGGAAAAAUUUUAGUCAAAUUUUCAUCCAUUUGUACUCGAGAAAGUAUUCAACACCUUUUAUUAUUGUAUUUAGAUACUACGUCGAGCGUUUCGUUGAGCACAGUUUCGUCUGUGUAAAUAUUCAUUUUUCCCCUCAACUAGUCUUUAUUUUGUUUUUCCUUUGAUUAUAAGUAUAUACCACUACUCCGAAAUAAUUUUUUGUCAAGUCCGAUGUGUUUGAUGUCAACAUGUCAAUUGCAGAAUUUCUAUUUAUUAAGUCAGAUGCUUACGAUGCGAUGUGUUGAUUUUCAUCAAUUAUUAAUCUGUUAUCAUAUAUACCUUAUUACAUACCUACGUGUGAACAGCAUAAAUAUUCGUUUAUAACCUAAUAAUAUUAUAAUAGAUAUGGAUCUGCGUUAGGGGAAAUCUUUUUUUUUUCAAUUUUACAAAGACUAGGCCUUAAAAUUUCGAUAUUCUUGUAUUACAGGAUGACAUUAUUUUAUAAUUUUGUAAUAUACUUUUUAAUAUUUUUCUCCUUAUAUUUUAUCAGCGCUAGGUAAUAACUAGUCGUUAUUAUUUUUUAAAUAUUCAAUUUCUUUAUAUUUUUCUUUUUAUGUUUUUUUUCUAUCUCGGUUUUUCUUUAUUUUUAUUUACUUUUUUCCUAACCCAAGGUGAACUUUUGUACAAACAUGAUGUUUCUGAUUUCCGUUGAAAAUUUUGUUUUUCGAAAACGACCAAUGUAUCGAGCAUUUUUUCAUGUUAAAGUUUCCCCAAUUCGUAUGCUUCUUUCGCCAUGUUAUUGUAAUUAGUUACCAGUAUUGUCGUCUCGGAAAUCAAGAACUAAACGGUACUGUUGAUUGAACGAUAAUAAUUUUACAAAAUAUAGAAUAAUAAUUAGUCGAAGGCAGCGAAUUGUGAAAUGCUUGGUGUAUUUACAUGUGUGCUUUUUGCAAUAUCGUGAUUUGUAUUUCGUUAUUUACCUAAGUACUAUAUGUAAAAUUUAAAUAUAUUAAUAUGACGUAUA